GGUUAUUCUCGAGUAGAGAAUCUUGAAUGCCAGCUCGAUCAGGGUCACGCUCGAGAUCUCGCAGUAGCAGCAACAGCAGCAGCAACAGCAGAAGGAAGAGUCGUUCUAGAUCGAGGCAUAAUGAUCGAUCAUCAAGGCGAGCGCGAACGUCUUAUGAGCGUGUAGAAGAUAUUAUUGAGUCGAGCCUAGGCAACUCGAGGAUAACCCUUUAUGUCGAGGACUUUACUGAUGACCGGGAUGUGGUCGAGAGUUUACUAUACUGUUUUCGGAUGCGGGGAUCACAAUUCGUAGGAGAUGUUAUUGACGACGCUAUCGAGUCUAUCUCGAGGGAUUUCCGCAGUCGUAGAGAAGUAACUCAUCCGAGUCGGUUGGUAGCAGCUCGAGUGAAGCGUUCUAUUAGACGUAGAGAUGAAGGGCUAUCGCCUCGGCGGCUGGGGCGGCGGAGGAGUCAGAGAGAGCCUUCCAGAUCUCGAUCACUCUCGGGAGUGAAGCCUGGUAGGAGGGUCGUUGUAGAGGAGUUUGCUCGAAAGUAUGGUGUUGAUGCUGAAUGCGAGAUGAGGUUGAAAAGGUUAAGUCAGGAUCAGCUACAGAGAGUAUGUGGAGGCGAUCUUAUCAUCCAUCGUGAUUGUAGAAAUGUUAGUAGUUUGAUUAUGGCGAGAAUUAGAGAUGAGAUGCAGGGGAGAUUGCCGGAUGUGGCAAGCAGAAGUGAUUCAAGGAGUAGAUCCAGUCCAAGGAGGUCGGACAAAACUUGACCUAUUAUGUAUCUCUACUGCACCGAGGUUGGAUUCUUAUGAUUUUAUGAUUACGGAGGUGGGGAAUACUGGUAGUCUCGAACAUA